UCAUUGUCAUUCAUUCAUCAUGUGGGGGUGAUCGAAGUGGUAUAUUUUGGGGCGUAUCUAACAAAAAUAAAACUAUUAAUCUACAACUUAUUAUGCUAUAAAGACAAACGAUAUAUACGAUAAACGACAUAAUGGCUCAAAGUACUUUCAGCGCGGUCGAUGAAUACGGGUUUGAGAGGCAUGAAGACUUCGAUUACGAGAGCUAUGAGGACUUUAUGUCCAACUACUUAAAGGUACUGGCAACGAGGGCGCAGAAAUGGGCCAUGAUGCUUGGCGAAGGAAAGUCGGUCAAACGUACAAACACCGUGAAAAGAUACGUACGCAAAGGUGUACCGAGUGAACAUAGGCCAUCAGUAUGGAUGGCCAUCUCAGAAGCUGAAAGGAUGAAAGACCAGUGCCCUGACCUUUACCAGAAGAUAUUGGAUGGACCUUUUGAAAAGGAACUAGUAGAUCUAGUGAAGACCGAUUUGCCACGUACCUUCCCUGACAACAUAUACUUCACCAAGGAGGCUAACCACCAGACACACUUGUUCAACAUACUAAUAGCAUAUGCACACAACAACAGGAAUGUUGGUUAUUGUCAAGGACUCAAUUAUAUUGCUGGGUUACUGUUACUUGCAACAAAGAGUGAGGAGACAUCAUUCUGGCUCCUCAAAGUGCUGGUUGAGAAGAUUCUCCCGGACUACUACACCAAAACCAUGGACGGUCUCAUUGUGGACAUUGAAGUGCUGUCCGAACUAGUCAAAACUAAAGUGCCGGAUGUGCAUCAACAUGUUAUAAAUUUGGGUCUUCCCUGGGCUGUUAUCACAACGAAGUGGUUCGUUUGUCUUUUUGCCGAAGUGCUUCCCAUAGAGACAGUGCUCCGGAUAUGGGACUGCUUGUUCUACGAGGGCUCCAAGAUUCUGUUCAGGGUGUGUCUGACUCUGAUUAAGAACAACCGGGCGGAGAUAAUGGCGUGUAGCGACUUCACCUCCCUGGCCGAGUGUUUCAAGGCCAUCGUUAAGAACGCCAGCGCGCUGCACUGCCAUGAGUUUAUGCAGUCCAUCUUCAAGGUACCUGGGACGUUAUCUAAUUCGACUAUAAUAAAGCUACGUGCACGUUUCGCGAAGCAGCGCCGGGAACAACAGCAGAAGGAGCCGCGAUGAGCCGCCGGGACACGCACUCGACUCGUGAUCUCAGUCUAAACAACCAAAUUGUACAUGCACUACUUAACUACCACCUCGUUGUACUCAUAUAUGACAACAGUUCUGAUCUCUAUACUUUUAACAGCAAAUUCAUUUAAAGCUCUCAUAAAUUAUGUGGCCCCAAGAUAUUAAAUAUUUUAAAUAAUAAGCUAAGAAACGUUAAAGUUUGCCGUUAUUUUGAUAGCUUUUACUUUAUAGAGCACGUUAUAUUUGCCCUGAUUUUGAAUAAUCAAGAAUGUAUUUAUCUAGCUUGAUGCCAUUUUGUACAAACUUAACUAGUCUUACAGCCUGCAUGUAUUCACUAUUCGUUGAAACGUGAUGAAAUGAGUCUUGUUAACUGAACGGACUUUUUUAUUUCCUACGCUCAUGACAAACUACUGAGGGUAUAUGUCAAGGUGGCUUUUAUUAGCGGCUGUUUCUAAUCGCCUAGACAAUGUUAUAUCGCAUUGAAACUCAAUGUUCACCUAUGGAGGGAUGUCCAGCGACGUGUCACCAGUUUCAUUAUAGUUCGAAAAUUGUUAGAGGACUUUGCAACUGUACUGACACUACUUACCAGUGACGACGGUCUCGUAGUAUAAGAAAAUUCAAGUGUAUGGGAUUGACAUUCCUUCUCGGCAUGUAACGUGACUUUGAAUUAUCACUUUAUAGCAUUUGAGCGAUUCGUGAGCGUUACCGCUCGGAGAAAUAUAACUUGAUUGACGUCACUUGUCAAAAAAGAAUGUUAUUCCCAUACAAUUGAAGUUUUCUAUUUGUGUUCUAUGCGUUGUAGCAUUGUCUAAGCACUCUUUAAAGAGUGUUUAGUGUAAUAUCGCGUCGCGUCAAAAUCAUAUUUCAUGUUCUGUCUGUAUGUUAACUUAUGUUAUCUUAUCCAAAGGGUGUUGAGUUACAUGGGCAAUGCCAAAAUAAGUUCCAUGAAAUACUCUUAUUUACGAUACACAAUGUUACUGGAGGAAGUUCAUUACCUUACGUUUUUAAAGUCUAAUUGGGCUUGCACACAUCACUUUUGGUCCCAAGGAUUUAGUAGUGCUCCACAAAAGAAAAUGUUAACGUAAACGUAAGUUUUUGCUUGGAGCGAUCGUGUACUUCAGUUAUCGUUAUCAAAUAUCGCAGUAGACCGGCCCGCAGUGUGCGCUAGUCUUUGUAGUUGGAAUGGGGAUUCGUUAUAAAAAUACCAAAGGCAGAAGUUUCCUACCUGCGGCCGCUAGGUGUAGCCUUCGACUACAAUCUGCAAAUGAUUUUGUUAAGUUAGGGUUAUUAAGUUGUAAUGUUGUUUCGCAUAUCAUUAAAGUAUUUUAAUUUGUAGUAUUAUUUUUGUUGUACAUUUUAUCGGAUUUUUAGGUUUGUAUCUGUAUUUGUAGCUUAGAGUAUGAACAAAGUGAGCAUUUUAUUAGUUAAUUAUAUUGUAGUUGUUACUGGGGAUUACAGGAACAACAAUAAAACUAUAUUUAUAAUUAUGGGAUUUGCUUUCCUUGUAAUUUAGGAAUUAUGGUCGGAUAAUCAUUGAUAUUUGUUCUAGUUAUAGCUAGAUGUAGCUUUGUUAACCUUAUCAAUUGAAGGUUUUUAUCAUAUUUAUUUGCAUAAUGCAUAUAUUUUUUCUAUAUGUCAUUUGAAUUUACUAUAGGUGCUAGGCUAGGUAUUAUAUUUUUUAAAUGUUUAUGUACGUAACUAUAUUAAUUAACAUUCAACUAACUUGUGUUCUUUAAGAAAUUGUGAACAUUUAUCCUUGUAACAAAGAUUGAGUGUGUCGGAAGCGCUCUUCAUGGUUUUGUGUGUCGUCUAAUGUAUUGCUGUUUCUGUAUUUAUCCAUUUUGCAUUGAUUAACAAUUUUCUAAAAUGUCAGUUUCCCUCGCAUUGUACAGACGCCUUCAUUAAUUUGUAACCCCACAAGCGUGCGUGUGGGUAUAACUUGGGGUUACUUUCAAGUGAGAUUGUUUGAA